UCCUACAAUGGUAUAUAUGCUAGACAAUUCUUGUAUUCACCACUAAUACAUUCUUAAACACCAUGUCUAUCGACUCCUCGAACCACCCAACUCCUGACUUGUACUGCAGUGAAGUAACUAGCGAGGUGAUUCACUUGGAUUCCGAUGAGUCUCUGAAGUUUCAUUUUCUAUGGGAAGACUCUGAUUCUGAUAGUGAAGGAAGUUGUCUAUUGAGCUUAUUAGAAUCUGAACAUGAUCAAGUACCGGAACAAAGAAAGUCACUAAGACAACUUCGCAAAAAAACGUGGCUGAUUAAUGCUCGAGAAGAGGCCAUACAUUGGAUCCUAAAGGUGCAUUCUUACUACAAUUUUAGACCCGAGACAGCAUAUCUUUCUGUAAAUUACCUCGAUCGUUUUCUUUUGUCACACUCCUUGACGGAAGAUUCAGCAUGGCCUAUGCAGCUGUUGUCAGUUGCUUGUCUUUCACUUGCAGCAAAAAUGGAAGAAACCAAAGUGCCACUUCUUUUGGACCUUCAGGUGAUCGAGUCCAAGUUUCUUUUUAAGCCCAAAACAGUUCAGAGGAUGGAGCUUUUGGUUAUGGCCAGUCUCAAGUGGAGAUUGCGUACUAUAACCCCUUUUGAUUUUAUCCACCUUUUCAUUGCCAAGCUUUCAUGCUCUGCUUCCAGAUGGCGAGAUUUAAGUUACAUUGUUUCUCGUGUCUCAGAUGUUAUUAUCAGAACAUGUCUAGUCAUGGAUUUCUCGGAGUUUUCACCAUCCACAAUAGCAGCAGCUGCACUGUUAUGGGUAACCAACCAACGUAUAGAUGACAAGAAACCGGAUUGCUUCCACAAGCAUAUAAGCAUUGAGAUGGUGCAUACAUGUUACAAACUAAUGAAGCAGAAACUGAUCAUUCGCCGAUCAGAAUUUUUUUGGUCAAAGACUUCACAAUUAUUGCCCCGAAGUCCCACCUGUGUGCUUGAUCAUGCAGCUAUGCAAGAAAGCAGCGAUGCUCUCAAGCCCUGACUUGAAGCCUUGCCACGUGUGUCACUAGCCAAGGAAUCUAAAACAUUACUUUCAAAUUUUCCAGUUCUGAUUCAUUACGGUUUCUUUGAUUUGGUGUGAUUGUGUGUGCAUCUUCCAUCAGGUUCAUCAUGGAACAUUUAAUUGUGUGUGCAUUUUGAAUAAGGUUCAUCAUGGAAAACUCUGACUGUAAACGGAAGUAGUUAUAUUGAAAAAAUUCUACGACGUUGUUGAUUUUCCUUUUUGAACAUAAAUAGCGAGUUGUACCUUUAUUUGUUGUGUGGAGUGGACCACAUUUUUCUCAGAAGCAAAUGAAAUUCCUCGUACUUGCGAUAUGCUCGCUUCCAAAUUACAGAGUUAACUCACUGAUUAAACAAUCAUGGC